AUGGUAGCUGUUUCAUCAGGUAAACAAAAUCGUUCAAGAGCAUUAACACCUUCUUUCCUAACCGAUUCACUUCCAACGCUUCUUCCACCAAUAUUCGAACAAGUCCAACAUACGACUGCCAAUCAUCGUAAAAAUAUCGUCUCUCUCCAUAAAAUCCAAAAUCAAUGCUCUACCAUAACUGAGAACACUCCUAAAGGAAUCAAGCUACUCGGAGAAAGGGCUUUCAACAAUGGAUUCAUCGAAAUGGUCAAUCGAGUUUUACCAGUGAAGAAAGGUGUAAGCGUUGCAGAUAGAGUAGUGAAAUUUAUUGCUGGAUACGUUGCUUAUGGAACUGAACAAGAUGCGGCAAAUAGACCUGAGGGUGAAGAUGAAGAGGAUGUCGAAACGUUUUCAUCAAGAUUCGUAACCAAAUUACUCAAACAUCUCUUAGCUGGAAUGGAGGCGAAAGACAAGAAUGUCAGGUUCAGAGUCACUUUAUUGACCGUAUCUAUGAUCAACGGUUUGGGAGAAAUGGAUGAUGACCUUUAUGUUGUACUUCGAGAGUCACUUCUGGAUCGAUCGAGAGACAAAGAAGCCGCCGUGAGAGUACAAGCAGCCUUAGGAUUAGCUAAAUUACAAAGCGGUGAAGAUGAGGAUGAACUGGAAGAAGGACAAGAAUCAUUAGGCGAAGUUCUACUAGAUCUAUUAAGAUUUGAUCCUGCAGCGGAGGUUCGACGAGCUGCUUUGUAUAAUCUUCCUCGAACACCAACGACUCUGCCACAUAUCUUAGCUAGGACAAGGGAUGUUGACCCGAUUUUGAGACGAACGGUAUACGCAGGUUCUUUGUCAGCUUCUGCACUUCCUGAUGCUAGGGUACUGUCUAUCGCACAGAGAGAAGAGAUUGUUAGGAACGGUCUAGGCGAUAGAGAAGGGAACGUACGAAAGGCCGCUGCGGGAAUGUUGGGUGGAUGGGUAGAUUUGGUGGAAGGAGAAUUGAUCGAGUUCUUAUCUCGUUUCGACGUUGUUUCUAGUCAAGUUGCGGAAGAAGCCCUAAUCUCGGUAUUUGUUACAAGGCCUGAUUUACUGGAUACAAUUGAAUUUGAUGAGACAUUUUGGAAUUCGCUUACUCCCGAAAAGGCGUUUUUGGCUCGAGUGUUCGUUGAUCAUUGCAUCUCAAACAAGGACGAAGCUAGACUCGAGGAAGUACUGCCGGUCGUAAUCGCUCUCGCUUUCUGCAUUCAAGAUGAAUAUAACAAAUUGGUCGGAUCGACCGAUGAUGGUAAUGAAGAUGUCACAGAUCGAACGUUCAUCGUCGGGGAACUACUCAAACUCGCUGUCAAUCUCGAUUACGCAGAUGAGAUCGGUAGAAGGAAGAUGUUCCAGCUUGCUCGUGAAAUGAUAUCGCAAGCAAACUUACCGGAAUCAUUGAUUCCCAAAUGCCUCGAUGUCUUAUCUAAAAUUGCAAAUGGAGAAAGAGAUCUGAUAAGAGUGGUAGUUGAUGUGGUGACUGAGCUUCGAGAAGGUGGAGAAGCAGAUGACGAUGAGCCUCCAAUGGACAGUCAGAUGUCUUCAGUCAGUGAUCAAUCAAUGAUUCGACGUCGAUCCGUCGCGACUCAACGAAUCAAUUCCCAAGAUCCAGAAGAAAGGAUGAAAGCUGCCCUAAUAGAUCUCAGAUGUCUUUUGAUCUGCAUAAGUCUGUUGGAAAGGGUGAAUACGAAUCUACAAGAUAAUUCAGUCUUUCAUGGUUUGUUACCGGAUCUCAUCAUUCCUGCAGUAAGGAAUAAAGAAGAACCGGCUUUGAGGGAUCAAGGAUUAAUUUGUUUAGGUCUUUGUUGUAUGAUCGACGCUAAAAUGGCGGCAAAUUCGUUCGGGCUGUUUAUCCAACAAUUGACGACCGCAGAUGAUGAGUUGAAAGGUAGAGUUUGUCAAGUAGUCUUCGAUCUUUUGAUGGUACAUGAUAUCAAUGAUCUAGUAUCUAAGACAAUGGCGCCGGAUAAAGUUGUUGAAUUGGUCAGACAUGUACUCAGUCAAGAUUCACCUGAAGUUCAAGCUGUUGCUUGUGAGGGUGUUGCCAAAUUGAUGUUAGCCGGUAUGAUCUCGGAUGAGACGGUUUUGCAAUCGCUUGUAUUACUCUACUUCUCCCCGGAAACAGCGGACAACCAAUCACUUCGACAGUGCCUGACUUACUUCUUACCUGUAUACUGCUACUCUUCAGCUGGUAACCAAAGGCGAAUGCUUUCUAUCUUCUCCGAUACCUUCAGUCUUCUAUCUCAACUCUCGGAAGAAACUGAAGAUGAGGAAAUGCCUCCUCUCGCUCAAAUGGGGUUGAUGAUGGUUGAUUGGCUUGAUCCUCAAAAAACUGUCGAGAGGGAAGGUGCAACAAUAGAUACCACCGUUCAUCUCGAUUUGGCGGAGGCAAUGUUGAAAUCGAUUUUGAGCGAAACGUCUAAGGAAGUGCGUAAAGCAUCAGUAACCUUCCUAUCAAAAUUGAAUCUCCCAGAAGCGGAUGACAGUACUGUAGAUAGUUGGAGAUUGAGAUCACUGCUAGCACUAGUCAAUGCGAUACGGGCUAAGCGACCUUUCGGAGAUGCGUCUUCCAAGAAUUCUCUUGUCAGAUUCGAAGGAACCGUACUGAAGAAGUAUCCCGAACUAGAAAUAUUCAACGAAGACUCCUUCAGAGCUGAAGGGAGUGAAAAUGUAAAAGUGGAAGAAUUGUUUGGUUUCAUAGAUGAUGUUGAGGAGAAAGAUAUCGAUGCUCAAUCUGAAAUCGGAUCUAGACGAGGUAAAAGAGCAGGUUCAACCGCAUCUGCGCCCAGAAGAGGUGGCUCUAAAGCAAGAGAUUCAGUCACCCCUGCUCCUUCAGAUAUAGUGUCAGAUGAAGAAACUCCAAAGAAAUCGAGAUCAACAAGUAACGCCAGGAGUAAGAAAAGUAAGAUGCAACCUGUUGAUGAAGAGAGUGAGGAUGAGGAAGAAGAAGUAGAAGAAGAAGAUACGGAAGUUGAAAGUCUAUUAGAUGAAGCUGAAGAAGAAGACGAUGAUGAUGAAGAUGAAUUGGCACUUUAG